AUGGUAGUGCUGCUCCUGCUGUCUGGUGUAGCUAGCCAGGCUCAUAUGAAGAAAUGCACUGUUGGUCAUCCUUUCCCUAUUCUUCAUAGGUAUUUGCAGUCAGGUGACCUCAUCAUAGGUGGCAUUACUUCCCAGAUUUCAAUGGCUCCUAAUCCAAAUUACUUCCAGGAGUACCCCCAGGAGUUUCUAACUGAUGAUACUGUGGUUGCGACUAUUAACUACCAGCAUGUCCUAGCCUUCAUAUUUGCUGUGGAUGAAAUUAAUGCAAAUCACCAGCUCUUACCCAAUAUCACUUUGGGCUUCCACAUCUAUGACAGCAACUUCAAUGCAAGACAGACCUAUCGUGCCAUAAUGGAACUUCUUGCCACCCAAAACAGAUUUCCCCCCAACUACGGCAUUCAGAACAAACCAAUAUCAGUCAUUGGAGCUCUGUACUCUGACAUCUCUCUUUGUGUAGCAAACAUUUUGGGCAUUUACAAGACUCCACAGUUUAUAUAUGGGGAAACUCCAAGUAUACCUGCUAAAGCUGAAAGCAGUUCCUUCUACCAGAUGGUGCCAAAUGAAGCCUACAGGUAUACAGGAAUACUCCAGCUACUUCUGUAUUUCAGGUGGGCAUGGGUUGGGUUCCUUGUUUCAGAUGCUGACAGUGGACAAAGGUUUCUGCAGACAGUACUUACGCUUCUUCCUCUCAGUGGCAUCUGUUUUGACUUUUUAGAAAGACUGAAGGUAAUUUAUGACUUUAAUGAUUUCGUUGAUUCGUUAGUGGCAAUAUAUAAAGUUUGCAUGAAAAGCAAUGCCACCGCAGUGGUUGUCUACGAUGUAGAGAUGACACGCUUUAGAUGGUUGUUAUAUCUUCCAGAAAUGGAAAGUGUGACAAUUGAGCCUAAAGGUAAAGUGUGGAUUUUGAUCAUUCAAAUGGAGUGCACAUCACUGCUUUAUCAAAGGAGUUGGGAUAUACAGACCAUCCACGGUGCUCUCUCCUUCACCAUUCAUUCCAAAGAAUUAUUAGGGUUCCAAAAUUUUCUCCAGACCAGAAACCAUUUCAGGGUAAAAGAAGAUGGGUUUGUUAGGGAAUUUUGGGGGAAAGUAUUUGAAUGUGUCUAUUCAACAACAUUUGCUACCAUGGAAACUGAGAAAAUAUGCACUGGAUCAGAAAAGCUGGAGAGUCUUCCCAGGCCUUUUUUUGAAACGAGCAUGCUUGGCCAUAGCUACAACAUCUACAAUGCUGUCUAUGCUGUGGCACAUGCUUUACAUGCCAUGCAGUCAUGCCAACACAAACUCAGAUCAAGGAUUGAUACUGGGAGACUGAGUCUUCAGGAUUCACAGACAUGGCAGCUCCACCAUUUUCUGAAGAGAGUCUCAUUUAACAACAGUGCUGGUGAUGAGAUUUCUUUUGACCACAAUGGGGAACUGAUAGCUGGAUUUGAUAUUACCAACUGGGUCACUUUCCCCAACCAGUCCUUCCUUCGAGUGAAAGUGGGAAUGCUGAAUCCCCAUACUCCCAAAGACAAUAUUUUCACCAUUCAUAAGGAGUCCAUCACAUGGCAUAGCAGGUUUAAUCAGAAUGUGCCCUUUUCUGUGUGUACUGAGAGCUGCCAUCCUGGCAAUAGGAAGACGAAGCAGGAGGGGAGGCCAUUUUGUUGCUAUGAUUGCAUUCCAUGUCCAAGAGAGAAGAUUUCAAGCCAGAAAGAUUUGGAUGACUGCUCUAAAUGCCCAGAAGAUCAAUAUCCAAAUAAGGACCGUGAUUCAUGCAUUCCAAAGAAGAUAAGCUUCUUAUCUUAUGAAGAUCCCCUGGGGAUCAGUUUAGCUGUUUUGGCACUUUCAUUUUCUUGGAUCACUAUUUUGGCUUUAGGAAGCUUUGUAAAAUACCACAAUACUCCCAUCGUCAAAGCCAACAACCAAAACCUGACUUAUGGUCUUCUCAUCUGCAUCCUGCUCUGCUUCCUUUGUGCCUUGCUUUUUAUUGGGCAGCCCGGGAGGGUAACAUGCCUCACACGACAAAUUGCUUUUGGCAUGAUCUUCUCAGUGGCUAUAUCUUAUGUGCUGGCAAAGACUGUCACUGUGGUUCUGGCUUUUAUGACCACCAAGCCAGGAUCCAGAAGUAGGAAAUGGGUGGGGAAGGCCUUAGCUAACUGCAUUAUUCUUUCCUGCUCACUUAUCCAAGCAGGCAUUUGUGCUAUAUGGUUGGGAGUCUCUCCCCCAUUCCCAGAUGCUGAUGUGAAUUCCAUGACUGAAGAAAUCACCUUGGAAUGUAAUGAGGGAUUACCUCUCAUGUUUUACUGUGUCUUGGGCUAUAUGGGCUUUCUGGCCUGUGUCAGUUUCAUGGUGGCUUUCCUUGCCAGGAAGUUACCUGACAGUUUCAAUGAAGCCAGGUUUAUCACAUUCAGCAUGUUGGUGUUUUGCAGUGUUUGGUUAUCCUUUGUUCCAACCUACCUGAGCACCAAGGGGAAAUACAUGGUGGCUGUAGAGAUCUUCUCUAUCUUGGCUUCUACUGCUGGGUUGUUGAGUUGCAUCUUUUUCCCUAAAUGUUACAUCAUUGUGUUUAGACCUGAAUUGAACAAGAGGGAACAGCUAGUAAGGAGAAAGAAUUAA